GAGAUAUCUACGGUGUUUCCUUGACCGGUGAACACUCACAAGCCAUGGCUAUAAAUCGGUUGUCAGGCCUUACAGAUCUACUGCUGCAAUGCACUCUUUCUUGCUCUCAACUCAAAACCAACCCACUACUGGAAGAUAGCGAUGCCAGCGCAGGCCUCAGAGAAGAUCGAUCUCGCCCUCGAGGCGCAGAAGACCAGCAAUAUGCACGUGGAAGACAUCAAGUCUGCUGGGCUGCUUGAUGCAAAAGGGGGCGAUUACUCGGGAGCCACGGCCAAGACCGACGAGGUGGAAAUCCGUCUCGUCCGCAAGCUGGACCUGCGAAUCAUGCCCAUUCUGUGGAUGAUGUAUUUCCUCAAUUAUCUGGAUCGCAAUGCCAUUGCCAACGCACGUCUCAACAACCUCGAAGAAGACCUGAAACUGGUCGGCACGCAAUACAACACCUGCAUCUCGAUCCUAUUUAUCGGCUACCUGCUCAUGCAGAUCCCCUCAAACAUGUUCAUGUCCUCGCCCAAGAUCCGCCCCUCGCUCUUCAUGAGCGUCUGCAUGGCCAGCUGGGCGAUCGUCUCGGCGCUCACAGCGCUGACCAAGAACUACGUCUCGCUGGUGCUGGUCCGGUUCUUCCUCGGCGUGACGGAGGCCCCCUUCUACCCGGGGGCACUCUUCCUGCUGUCCCUGUUCUACACGCGCAAGGAGAUCGCUCUGCGCAUCUCGAUCCUAUACACGGGGAACAUCGUCGCGACCGCGGUAGCGGGGCUCAUCGCGGCAGCCACUUUCGCGACCUUAGAUCAAAAGCACAACCUGAAGGGCUGGCAAUGGCUCUUCAUCAUCGAGGGGGUGGUGACCUUCUUCAUCGCCGCCCUGGGCCUCCUCAUGCUCCCCGACCACCCCCUCACCACGCGGUGGCUCACCCCCGCCGAGCGCCAACUCGCGCACGACCGCAUCACGCGCGACACCGUCGCCCACGGCCCCGAAGGCACCAGCAGCAGCAGCAGCACCUGGACCGCCCUGCGCGACGCCCUGCGCGACCCACGCCUGUACCUGCUCGCCUUCAUGCAAAACAUGCACCUCAGCGCCUGCAGCUUCAACAACUUCUUCCCGACGGUCGUUGGCAGCCUCGGCUUCAACCGCACCAUGACCCUCGUCCUCACCUGCCCGCCCUACCUCGUCUCGGGGGUAUGUAGCAUCCUCAUCGGAACGACCUCGGGCCGCUACAACGAGCGCACCUGGCACAUCACCGGGAGCAUGGGGAUGGCCGUCGUCGGAUUCAUCAUCGCUUGCGUGACGCUCAACACCGCCGCGCGGUAUCUGGCCUGCUUCCUGUUCGCGAGCGGCGCGUACGCGGUCAACUCGGUGAUCCUGGGGUGGGUGUCGGCGACGCUGGGCCAGACCCCGGCCAAGAAGGCGGCCUCGCUGUCCGUCGUCAAUGUCGUGGCUAAUGCUUCGUAUGUCUACACGGCGUAUCUGUAUCCGAAGAGCGAUGGGCCGCGGUAUUUGGUGGCCAUGUCGGCGAAUGCGGCGUUCGGGGUGCUCACGAUUGCCAGUGCGUGGGCGUUGAGGGUGUGGUUGCGAAGGACGAAUCGCGCGAUUCGCGAGGGGAGGGUGCCGGGGGGGCAGGAGGGGGUGGUGUAUGCUUAUUAG